AUGGGUAUUCAUGGCAUUUAUAAAGAAAUCGGCCCCGGUCAACGUAUCGCUGUAAGCAAACUCGCCGCCGAGCACUACAUCCAACACUCUCGCCCUUUUCGUCUUGCGAUCGACAUCAGCAUCUGGCUAUUCCAGAUCCAAUCCGGCAAAGGUGGCACCAAUCCAGCUCUAAGAACUUUCUACUAUCGCCUCUUGCGCCUACUAUCUCUCAACAUCCACCCUCUAUUUGUCUUCGAUGGCCCUAACAAGCCCACUUGGAAACGGAACAAGAAGGUUGGAGGUCCCAACGUAAGAGUGUCUAGCGUGCCCGAGUUCUUGGCCAAACAACUUCUCAAACACUUCGGCUUUCCACUCCAUUAUGCUCCUGGCGAAGCCGAGGCAGAGUGUGCUCUUCUCCAGCGAGAGGGCAUAGUCGAUGCUGUUCUCAGUGAAGAUGUCGAUACCCUGAUGUUCGGAAGUGGAAUGACUUUGCGAAGCUGGACCCCGGAACAAAAGAGUAGCAAAACACCCACACACGUGAACGUAUACCGAGCCGACGCGACCAAGGAGACCAGUGGUCUGGAUCGUAAUGGCAUGAUUCUUGUUGCCAUGAUGAGCGGAGGUGACUAUAUCACCGAAGGUAUCCCUGGAUGCGGUCCCAAAUUAGCCUGUGAGGCAGCAAGAGCCGGAUUUGGAGACGAGUUGUGCAGUCUCGACAGAAAGGAUACCGAUGGCCUCAACGCCUGGAGGGACAAGCUGCGCCAUGAGAUACGCACCAAUGAGAGCAAGCACUUUCGGCAGAAACGCCCUGGUCUGACCAUCCCAGACACAUUCCCUGAUCAGAAGGUCCUCAGCUAUUACACCCAUCCAUGCAUCUCAACACCCGAUAAGAUCGCCAAACUCAAGGAUACCCUCAAGUGGGACAUGCCAUUAGACUAUCCAAGUCUUCGAGAUUUUGCAGGAGAUGCCUUCGACUGGCGUUGUAUUGAGGCUGCAGAUGGUAACGAGCUUGGUCUGUCAGCACAGAAGGCCAGAGAAGCAACUCUGAUCAAUGCCAUCCAUGGCAAGCGCUUACACCCAACCACCGACAACAUCCCCGAACUGAGAAUCAGCUUCAAGCCAAUCGAGCUGAUUGACAUUGAUCUCAGCAUUGAAGAUCCUGACGAAGAGAUUCCAGAAGAUGAGAAUGAUUCUGACUCGGAACCAUUGCCAACCGAGGAUGGCGAGUUCUGGCUUCUUGACACAUUUGUACGCCUCGGUGCACCCCUCAAAGUUCAAGAUUGGGAGGCUGGUGCAGGCGCACCUAAAUCGAGACCUGCUCCACGACCUCGCAAAGCCGCCAAUGAAACAACAGUAGCUCGUAAACCCGCAGCGACAAAGAAAACUGGUGGUAUGCAAAGAGGUGCCUUGGAUCAAUUCACCAAGACCACCAAACCUGGUGUUGAUCGUACAGCACAAUCUAAAUCCAGAUCUCCACAAUGUGAUGAGUUGGAUCUGGCCAGCAUUAACGCCCUUGCAAAAGAGAAUGAGAAGGAGCCUAAUGCGAAAGUUACAUCCAAGAACAGCUCAUUCAGAGCUAGAGCUUCUUUCGCUGAACUCGAUCUGAGUGGUCGCACGGAGAGCAGGACACCUUCAAUACCUGAGAUGGACCUCAGUCUCGAAACAAUAGUUCCGCAGAAAAGGUCUUCGAAGCGGCCUUCGCCUGAGCCACAAUCUCCUCCUAGAAGAGCUAGGCCCAGGAUGGCCUCGCCAGUCCGGAAAACAUCUGGGCCUCCUGAAAUUAUCGACCUUCUUUCGUCAUCGCCUGCAAAACCACCUUCGCCUAAAGCAGCGCCGACGCAAUCCUUUGGAAGACAGGAUCGUUUUGAACAAUACAGCCGGCCUGCUGUGGCCUCUCCUCAAGUCGACAGUGAUAUUGUCGCACCUUUGCCCGAUACAGUAACGAGAAGACGAAGAAGAUCACCGUUGAAACGUUGUCAGACCGCACCAACCGCAGGCGUUGACGACAUCGGGUCGCCCCUGUUACGACCUUCCACUCCUCGAGGUCUUGAGAUUGAGGCUAUCGACUUGGCUUCUCCAGAAUCAUUACCAAGUCUUCCUCGAUUCGGCGCAGUUCAGCGCGUGUCUGAUCAAACGCGUGAUGCAGUCUUACUUUCGACCAUGCCCACGCCAAGUGCCAGAUCAUCUGUACAAUCAAGCGUGUCCUUAGACACUGCCGAUCCAGAUGUGGUCAAAGAUAGGAUUGAAGUGUUGGAGCUGCCGUCCUCAAUGCCUACUCCACCUCGGGAAUCGGAAUUGCCAAAGGAUGCAUCAGCUAUUGAGCGGCCAGUGAUCUCGGCGUCUGCUUUACUGCCAGCUAACAAGCGCCUACGUGACAGAAAAGUCGAAGCUACAGCCACGAAGGUUGCAGCAACCACGACAACUUCAUCGGUUUCUGAGACAAACGUAACAAGAAAGGUUCGUGCCAAUGAUACCAGGACAACGCAAUCAACCUCUGUUGGAGAGAACCAGCAGCCCCUCGAAACACCAGCGAAAAAAGUAAAGAAACGCUUCGUUCAACCUCGAGACAGUCUGCCCGGUAACUGGAAAGAAGUAAUUCUAGAAGUCGACCUGACUGCACCGACACCCAAAGACCGACGAAUGUAUCGAAAGAGUGGUGUUGAGGAAUUGGACUUGACAGGAGAUUGA